UGUUGGAUUACUACUACUGAUGCUUUAAUGCUUGUAAACCCUUCAUUUUAACUUUAUUAAUAUUAUUUUUAUGAUUGUAUACUUUAAAAUGAUCUCAGGAUUUGUGACCUCAAAUUAUUUUUUUUAAAACUUUUUUUUUCUUUCCAGAAAAGACACUGUAUGCUGAACACUUCUGUUGGCUUUUAAGUACCUCACUCGGAUCAUCAGACGAAUAUGACGGUUGCAAUAAAGGUUUUCUUUAUAUGCAGUCUACUUCAAGGUAGCUUAUGCCAAAACUGGGCAGUCUUCUUGCCUCAGACUGUAGAAGCACUGAGUGGAUCCUGCGUGUUGAUCCGCUGCAGAUUCACCUUGCCCCCAGAAUGGGAGGAAUUCCUGGAUGAUUCAUGUAAAGCUAUCUGGAAGAAAGGCUGGAGUAGAACUCCGGUGUUUGAUUCCAGCCUCACUGGUGCAAGUGGAAGCUUAAAUAUCCAGCAAGGAAACCUGACUGGAAUCCUGCGUGACAAAGACUGCACCACCAUCUUCAACAACAUGCCACCACGCCAUUAUGACAACUAUUACUUCAGACUGCAGUGUGACAAUGAUUUGAAGUUUAACUUUCCUUCAAGUGUCCUCAUAUCCACUCAAAAUUCACUGCCUAAACCUACCAUAACGCCAUUGAACCUGGAGGUAGAAGAAGGAACUGCAGUGACAUUGACCUGCUCCGCUGUUUCUCACUGUCCCAUUCUUCCUCCACUUCUGACAUGGUCGCCCGCUUUAGGUGACACAGAGGAGGAAGUGGAAGCUAAUCCUGCGACCUCUGUGAUGAACUUCACUGCUUCUCACCUUCACAAUGAACAAAAAGUUUCUUGCACUGCCGUCUAUAACCGACAAGCUGGGAAAAGUGACCUUCUGUAUGAAAAAAUUCUGACGCUAAGUGUUCUUUAUCCUCCAAAUAACACAUCCGUUAGUUACUCUGGUCCUGUAAAAGAAGGCAGCUCAGUGACCGUGACCUGCAACACUAAUGCAAAUCCAGCCGUGGACAGCUACAGCUGGUACAAAGUGAAUGGAGAUCAGGUGUCAGUGGUGGGAUCAAAGAAGAGGUUUUCAGCCACAGUGUCAGAAGUUGACAGUCAGUUUUUUUGUGGAGUCAGUAACAGUUAUGGAAGCCAGAAUUCUUCUAUCACUCAGAUUGACGUACAGUUUUCCCCGAGGGAAACAACAGUAAUCGUCGAUCCCACUGGUCCAGUUCUGGAGGGCAGCUCUGUUUCUCUGAUCUGUAAGAGCCGCUCUAACCCACCAGUGACCAACUACACCUGGUACAGAGAUAAUGAGAUGGAUAAGGAGCCCGGACCAGUCUUGGUCAUAGACGGUGCCGACACCAGCCACAGCGGUGAUUACCACUGUACAGCCAAAAAUGAUCUGGGAGAGGAAACGUCAGCAGCAAUUCAGCUGGACAUUCAGUAUCCUCCUAAAAAUACUUCAGUGUCUGUUGACCCUUCUGGUCCUGUGCUGGAUGGCAGCUCUGUGACUCUGACUUGCACAAGCAUCGCCAAUCCAGCAGCGGUGAACUUCACCUGGUUCCAGGUGGCAGGAAGGAAAAAGGAAGCGGUGGGCUUUGAGCAACACUUCACCUUCAAUGUGACCAAACUCUCAGAUGAUCAAUAUCAUUGUGAAGCUCUUAAUGUCCAUGGAGCUGAAUGCUCAGAGCCUGUCAGCAUUGAUGUCACAUUUGCUCCAGAGAUCCUAUUUUCUUCCCGCUGUGUGAAGAUUUUGUCCCAGAUCCGAUGUACCUGUAACACUCAGGGGAACCCGCUUCCCUCCCUGGUUUGGCAGCUGGCUGGCGAGCUUGUCAAUCACUCUGCUGAUAUCCCAAUUCGGGAAGUAAAUCUGGGGAGCACGAGCGUGAGGAGCAUCAUCACUCUGUACUACCUGGGCCAAGACAUGCCCUCUCUGGUCUGUCUGAGCAGCAACUCCCUGGGGUCUGAUAGUAUAGCUUUCAAUAUAUCCUCCAGUGAAACUCAGCUAGUCCUCCAUACUCUUUCUUUGCUGAUUGGUUCUGGAGUGGGAGCACUGGGGAUGUUGCUGGUUUUCAUACCGCUACUGAUAUGCCUUUACAGGAAAAGGAAGGGCAAUGUUUCACUUGACAAGGGACUUGUGGAUAUUUCAGACUGUUUAGUCACCAAUGAGACUAACUCUUCAAAGGCAGAUGUGAUUUAUGUCAAUAAAGCCAUUCUUGAGGCAGAAGCAGCAGAAUACAAGGAUGACUCUCUCCAUUAUGCUGAUGUGGACUUUGCUCAACUUCAGGCCAGGUCAGAGGGCAAGCUCGGGGAAGGUGAGAUCGAAGGCCUGGUCUCUAAGACUGGUGUGGAUUCUGAGAUCCAUCGAGAAGCACCAAGCAAUGGAGGAGAUGCAAAGUAGGAAGAAACACUUGCAGAUGCUCAUUUUGGAAGAAAGAAAGAUGCUAAGGGACUUACAUGAAGGGUUGAUGAGAAAGUGGUCACUUAGCUUUAGAGGAAUUGACAGCAGAAGCCCAGGAGUUUGGACAUUCCCUCCGGCCCUGGUUUUGAUCCUCGUCUGUAAAUUCUUCUCCUGUCUUACUAGUAAAAAUAGACAUAUCUGUA